CCCCUAACUCCUCCGUCGAUCCUGUCAUAAUCCCUCAGGCGCCGAUUAUGUCGCCUACAGGUCUCAGACACCGCUCUCUACCGCUUGAGCACCUAAAAAGACGCCCAAAAUGCGAGAAUCCGAGUCCCUGACCCUCUCCGACGGCCGCGUCCUCUCAUACGCCGUAUAUGGCUCGCCGAUGCCGCAGACCACUGUGUUCUACUUCCAUGCGUUCCCCUCCUCAAGGUUAGAAGGGAAGCUGUGGCACUCCGCAGCGGCAAGGCUUAAUGUUCGCCUCAUAGCCCCAGAUCGUCCCGGAAUGGGCAACUCCACCUUUCAGCCCAACCGCACGCUCCUCGAUUGGCCGAACGAUGUCCUCGCACUCGCCGACCACCUCAAGAUACACAAGUUUUAUGUGACAGGACUCAGUGGAGGCGGACCGUAUACACUGGCUUGUGUCAAGCACAUCCCAAAGGAGCGGUUAGCGGGUGCAGCCGUGGUAUCUGGACUAUACCCCGUUUCGUUCGGCACGGCAGGGAUGCUGUUCUUUGCCAGGAUGCUACUGUGGGUUGGGCCGUGGAUGCCUGGACUUGUGGGUACUAUGUUGGAUAUGGCAAUGGGGAAAGCAGCGCGAAAUGAGGAUCCGAAGGUCUUUGAAGACCUACUCAUGAAAGAGAUCGAGAGCAGGCCUGAGGUUGACCGGAAUGCUAUGAAAGACGAGAAGAACAGAGAGGCUUUCAUUGAAGGGACAAGAGAAGGGCUUAGACAAGGCGGACAGGGGUCGGCGUGGGAAGCCAGGCUGAAUGGGAGUCCUUGGGGUUUCGAGCUGAGUGACCUGGAUAUUGGGGAAGAAGGGGUUCCAUUAGCGUUGUGGCAUGGGUCGGACGACAUCAACUGCCCGGUUGCCAUGGUUCUGAAAGCCCAAGAGCUUAUGCCCAACGUCAAUCUGCAUUUGAAGGACGGCGAAGGGCAUGUUAGCUACGCAUUCCGCCAUCAGGAAGAGAUAUUGCAAGAGCUGAUUGGGAUUAGAGACUUCUGAAGGCAACGGCAAGUCCUCUUUCUGUGUUUUUCAUUCGUUCUGGUAGCGUUCCCUGGAUAUUCGCUCAAUCGUUUGAUUCACCCAAGACUGUGGGGCCCCGCCGUGCAGCGGAUUUCGUAGUCGUGGCUCCCCGGAAGUCUUAAGCCCCCUGGUGAA